AUGGCGCAGGAGGCGGCCGAGUUGCUGGCGGCGGCGCGGGCCGAGCUGGCGGCGCGGCGGCUCUCGGCGGCCGAGGAGCUCUACAGCCGCUUCAUCGCCCGCAGCCCCGCGGGCGCCCGCCGCGACCUCGCCACGGCCCUCAACGACCGCGGGCAGGUGCGGUACCUGCGCGUGGAGUUCGCCGCCGCCCUGCAGGAUUACACGGCCGCCAUCGAGUGCCAGCCCGGCUUCGAGGUGCCCUACUACAACCGGGGGCUGGUGCGCUACCGGCUGGGAGACUUUGAUGAGGCCAUGCAAGAUUUCAGGAAAGUAUUAGAGUUAAACCCCCAGUUUGAAGAUGCUGCAUUGAGUCUAAAACAGACUAUUCUUGAUAAAGAAGAAAAACAGAAGCGGGGAUAUUGAAAAUAGAGCUAGUGGUGUGAAAAUGUUCUGCUAAACAUGUGAUUUUUGUCACUGAUGGAUGAAACACGAGAUCGUUUACAUCUGUUAUGACCUACUGAAGAAACCUCAUUCUUGGAUAAACAAGUUAAAAAUGGAUAUGUUUGCAGAAUAAACUGUGUUUGGUUAGUGUUGAGGAUAGGUAUAAUGUUGGAUCUCUGUGAGGUACGAGUACAGAUUUUGUACAGAAAUACCUUGUAAAGAUUUUGGAAGCUCAGUAGCAGCAAAUGAAGCCUGUAGUUCUCUUACUAAAACUUCUUUAUUUAUUCACAGAUUGUUUUAAACAGUCUUUCACGGGGAGGAAAAAUCAAACUGUACAAAACAUUUAAAUACUUAUGAUUGGAGCUUGUGAGCAAUGCAAUAAUGAUAGUGUUUGUCCACAUAGAAAUGUUACAUUUUAUUUAAUUCUAAAGUGCAGUUGUUCUUUGUAAGGUGUUGUCCUUUAGGUUCUCUAUGGUAUCUGAAUUUCUUUUUCAUUUCAGAGUGUUUCUGUCUUAAGAAACACUUAACAGAAGUAAUGAGAUCUUUUUAGGUAACACCAUCUGUACCUUGCUCAAGGAAUGUGGUAGGAGAAAUUCAGUCCUUUGUUCGUUCAUUCACUCCUGGGGUUAGUUUUACGUUACCUAAACAGGUAGGAACAGAGCACACCUCUUUUUUGUAAUCCUAUUGUAAAAGUUUUGGCCAGAUUAAUAAUUGAAAGAAUAAAAAUGAACAUGUACUUUUCAUCUUAUGAUUGUCUGCAAAAAGCUUUUCUUAGAAAAUAUUCACAGGAGGAAUUGUGGCUUUCUCAUUCUUACUGAAGAGAUCAAUUACCUGAAAAAUGCAGUGUUAAAUCAGUCUGAUGAAACUGGCUGUCAGUACCCAGGCCACCUCAUUUCUCAUGUGGUAGGAGGGACCAUUACUGAAAUCAUCAGCAAGAAACACUCUUGCAUGUUCAUAGCAAUACAAGUUCUAAUAAAAGAAAUACUCUCUUGAUUGCC